CUCUCUCUCUCUCUCUCUCUCUCUCUGUGUAAUGGAAGCCUCAAAGCCGUUAAUGAAGCAUUACAGCGCAAAAUUAAAGCAAGCGACGCUGCUAUGGCUAGAGGGUUUUAGAGAGGCCUGUUGUCUUCACCGGGUGGUCAUUCUCUGCUACAGGUCGAGAGAGCUUUUGAUCAGAACUGGGCAAUGUUUUCUACUGAAUGGUUUUAUUUUCUUAGGAAGUAUGUUUGUCCUCAACAGAGUUGUCGUCCCAAUGCUCCACUGGAUAUUACCUGAUCAGAGCUCACAGUUUAGUUCUCAAAUAGCAUUAUCACUUGGUUGCAUUUUGAAAUUUUAUUCCAUCAUUCGUCAUGGACUCAUACAACUCUUUUAUGUCUUUUGGUUCUACCCAUUGUAUGUGUUCAGCUUAAUUCUAAGCAAUAUCUGGUACAAUGACAUUGCCAAGUUUGGUUUUGCUGCAAUGGGGAGAUCUGGGCCUUCUGGAGUGGAACCCUCAAGCCCAAGUGAGUCAAUAACUGCAAAAAGUACGAUUCAUACGAAAAGACUUGCUGGCCUGGGAGGGGUCGUGGUUGGAAUAGCAGAGCAGGUGUAUUCAGUUCUUCUUUUGAGCUUCUUCUUCUUAGAGGUUUUUGCUACAGGAUUUGUACCUUAUGUGGGGAAAGUGCUCAAUUUCCUACUACUAUCCUGGAUGUAUGCCUACUACUGUUUCGAAUACAAAUGGAACAUUUCUGAAGUGGCUCUCGAGAAAAGGCUGGACUUCUUUGAAUCUAACUGGGCAUUUUUUGCUGGUUUUGGAAGCCCCUGUGUUCUGGCUAUAUUUCUUUUCUCACCUCUUGUGAGCUAUGGGGUUAUGGCUAUACUCUUUCCACUGUUUGUUCUAACUGCAACAGGCUCAGGGGCUGAACAGGAUAUUUCUUUCCAAAGAAGAAAAUGGAAAGGUGUUGGAUUGGGAAGGCUUCCAAUAUUCUAUGCAGCGGACACUUUGUCACUGCGGGUGUUAUCUCUCUUGCCCUUGGAACAUCAGGACCAGAUUCAAGACAACAAGGCACAUUAAGAAGUUAUGGCAACGGCGUGCUCCAAGCAGAUUAUCAAAGAAAUUGUGCAUAAUGUGUGUGUACAUUAAGCACAAUAGUUGGAGAUAAAGCAUAAGAACAGCCUAAAGGUUUGGUUCUGUAUCUGGUGUACAUAAGGGUUCAUAUAUGUACGGUAAUUUGUUGAUUGCUAACUAUUGAUGGUCAGAUUUUGUGAACUUGUCGAUAGGGAGAAAUUUCUCUGA